AUGGUUUACACGAGCAACAAAUCGCUAUUUGCCAUAGCUGAUGCUGUGGAAUUCCCAGCCGCUAACCUUCCAACGAUGCCGACCAGGGCCAACAAAUAUCAGAUUUUCAUGGCAACUAGCAAUGAAGCACCCUACACGGUGGAACGCCCGGAGAGGAUGGCAGACAUCAACUUGCUUAGGACGUUUUCCAGUCAUGCUGAUAUUCCACAUUCGUUCAUGCAGCCUGGCGAGUGCUUCUGUGCACGAUUCCUGAAGCCCCUGCAGGUGGGGUUUGCACAGCGGAAGUCCGUACCUGUGUCGGCGCUGGUCAGCAAUUGUGCAUCGCAUGGAAAGCGCCAGGCAGUAUUGAAAUAUCUCAUGGCGAAUAUAGAAGUGCAUAGCAUGGGGUCGUGUCUACAUAAUUUCAAGUCAAAUGUCAGCGAUCCUCAGCUGUAUCUGCAGCAGUAUCUAUUCAACUUUGCUGUGGAGAACGCCAUAUGCCUGAACUACAUCACGGAGAAGUUUCAACGUCCACUUAUUCUAGGAACCGUUCCCCUCGUGGUCUCCCAAUCUGGUCUACCCGACUAUGACCGAGUGGCUCCCAACAGAGAAUCGUACGUUGACCUUGCUGCCUUUCCCAGCUUGCUGGAUGCAGUCAGUUACAUCAAGAACGCAUCUCAGUCUGAAUCACUGUACUUGCUGCACCACACGUACCGUGGUCAGCCAAUGAACAGUGAGAAACUGACCAAGACAUUUCGACUGAACGUGUGCUCACAGAAUGAGGACGAUCUAGGGAAAUGGUGUACGCUGGUCAGACGCUGGGAAACCCCGCAAGGAAAAGAAGAACUCGUGCAGAAAUCCUACUACAACUAUGCGGCUACAGUAGAAAGAGAAUGCGCAAAGCCUGGCUCCAUGUCCACGCUUGUUCCUGACAAGUAUGAAUGA